AUGUCAGACCAGCCAUCGAUUCCUCAAAAGCCGGCUCUGCUCUCGGUCGAACCUUUGGACUCGUCCGAAGCACGCUGGAUCAGGCUUGUGAAGCGGACAUACACGGACCCCAAUGGAGUCGCCAGAACAUGGGAAGCAGCAGAGAGACAGACUCGCUCGAACUCCCUGAUAGAUGGCGUAGGAAUCGUUGCGAUCCUCUCCAAGCCUUCGGGUCCAGAGAUUCUGCUCCAAAGGCAGUAUCGGCCACCUAUCAAUUUGGUCACCAUUGAGAUCCCCGCCGGUCUACUUGACGCAGGCGAACUAGCGGAGGAGUGUGCUGUGCGCGAACUGAGAGAAGAAACCGGAUAUGUCGGAGUUGUCGAACAGAAAGGUCCUAUUUUAUAUAACGAUCCAGGAUUUUGCAACACGAAUUUGAAUAUGGUCCACGUACAUGUUGACAUGUCGUUGCCUGAAAACCAGAAUCCAAAACCGAAACUCGAGGACGAUGAGUUUAUUGAGUGUUUCAGCGUUCCGCUUGCAAAGCUCUUUGAGGAGACUAAGCGAAUGGAGGAAGAAGGAUACGCUAUAGAUGCGCGUGUCGGUACUCUGGCGGAGGGAAUAGAAAUAGCACGGAAAUGGGGCCUAGGCGGAUGA